CUAUAUCGUAAUUACAGCACAUGUUCUCAUUUUUUGCACUGGAUCCCAUCCUGCUCUCUUCUGUAUCUCAAUCUCAAAUAGCAUACACCUGACCUGGAGAUUCUAGUUUAUCAUCAAUUCUACUAAUUCAUUCUACAGCUUCAAAUUGGAAAUCGAGGAAAAUUAGUUCUAAAUAAUACUAGUUUCUUAUAAAUUUCUGAAACUAAAUAUUUAUCAAAAUGAGUUCCGCACUGUACGUACGCACAAUGGCGAAAUUGGAUAAGUUUGUACCUCCACGGUGGAUGCCCUUGUGGAAUCAUCCCGCAGGUCCAAAGACAGUAUUCUUUUGGUGUCCACUUUUCAAAUGGGGCCUCGUUAUGGCAGGCAUCGGCGACCUCCAACGUCCCGCAGAUAAGAUUUCGAUACCUCAGUCGGCCUCGCUAGCAGCGACGGGACUCAUCUGGUCCAGAUACUGCAUGGUCAUCAUCCCCAAGAACUAUUCGCUCAUGAGUGUCAACAUCUUUGUCGCGUUGACCGGGUUGUACCAGGUGGGACGAGGGGUCAAGUAUCAGAUGGAGCUUAAAGAACAGGAAAAAAAGGCCCUUGCUGCUGCAGUACCAUCAUAAUAAUUAAUUUAAGUCUGAAGGCGUGUAAACAAAUGUGACGGAUUUUCUUGUUCUCUAUGAAAAAUCGCUAUAUUUUGGUGGAUAGAUAAUUAAAAUUUAAUAAUUACUGUAAUUGAUGUUAAUAAUUAGGUUCGUGUAUAACCCAGGUUAGAAUUUCGGGAGAAAAAAUAUAUAGUACAAUAACCCCCAGA